CAGAUGCUUCGGGAAUCAUUCGUUCCCGAAGUUUAGAUUCGUCCUUAAAAAUUUUUUUGAAAGGAUUCUAUCCUCAAAAUACAUCUCAAGAAUUAGGCCUUCCUCCCUUUGAAAAAGAAGAUGUGCUUUUGGUAACUGGAAAAUUUCGUACUAUUGAACAUAUAGAUGAGAACGGUAAUAAAGCUCCUGCCCUGAAAAUAAUCUUAAACGACCUUGUUCCCAUUAAAUUAGAUCCAAAUAACGUUCCGAGUUUUCCGAUAUUGAUUAAUAUGACCGCAGUAGUAGAUGAUCCUCCCGUCAUAAGUGAUGAUAAAGACGUUACGAUGUCUGUCAUAAUGCAUGACCAUGUAGACCAAGAACCGAUAAAAAUUCAAAUUGAAUGCUAUUAUUCAGCGCUUGCGCCACAUUUAAUGCGUAUAACUGAAAUUAUUAAAAAAAAUUCUGUCCUGUAUAUUAAUGGUGAACUUAUAUUAUAUGAUGAUACUAUUUAUGUCCAUGUUAAAUCUUUAUCCUUUCCGGAAGGACAAAAAAAAGAUUCUAAAAUUUCUGCAAAACCGCCGUGGGAAUCUGAAAGUUCAACCGAAUCAAAUAAACCAUCAGUUGCUAAAACAAUAGCAGCAAGAGUAAAAAAUAGUAUCAGGAGAAAUAAAGAACCAAUCUCUUCUACGACUAACCCUUAUCCCCAGGCUAAUAAUCGUCGAAAGAUAACAGAUCUAGCAAAAGAAGCUUUAGCCAAUUCAAAUAAGUCAAGUGCAUCUACCUCAGCACCUGCUAAUAAGUCAAGUGCAUCUACCUCAGCACCUGCUAAUACUUAA